GCCAUUUCUUUAGAAAAAAAAGAAAAAAAAAGGGGUCGAGACCGCACCUGUUAACCUCCCUCCUCUUCCUCCUGCUCCUUCCGACCUCUCUUCUCCUCUGCUCCCACCAAAACCCUUGCAUCUCUCCGCACCCCCCUCGCCAAGGGUUUCUCGCCGGCGAUGUCGGGAAGGAGCCGGAUGCCGCCGCCCGCGAUGAAGGGCCCGCCGCCGCUCCACGAACCGCCGCCGCCCGCCUUCGGCCGUGGCCUCGGCCCGAUGCACCCCGCCUUCCUCGACGAGAUGCGCGAGGUUCCCCCCUUCGGCCGCGGCCCCCCUCGCCCCUUCCCUCCCCACCCGGCCAUCAUCGAGGAGCGCCUCGCCGCCCAGCACCAGGAGAUCCAGGGCCUCCUUGUCGACAACCAGCGCCUCGCCGCCACUCACGUCGCCCUCAAACAGGAGCUCGCCGCUGUCCACCACGAGAUCGAUCGCAUCAAUCACGCUGCCGCCUCCGCUCACGCCGAGAGGGACCUCCAGCUCCGCGAGGCGUAUGAUAAGUCGAUGAAGCUGGAGUCGGAGCUCCACGCAGUGGAGGCGAUGAGGGCGGAGCUCAUACAGAUCCGCGAGGACAUACAGAAGCUCAAUGCCGUGAGGCAGGAGCUUACUGGGCAGGUGCAGGUGCUCACCCAGGAUUUGAGUCGGGCAUCGGCUGAUUUGCAGCAGGCUCCUGCAGUCAAGGCAGAGGUCGAGACUUUGAAGCGGGAAGUGCAGCGAGUGAGGGCUGGUAUUGAGUAUGAGAAGAAAGGAUAUGCUGAGAGUUAUGAGCAAGGACAGGUGAUGGAGAAAAAUUUAAUUUCAAUGGCUCGCGAGGUGGAGAAGCUAAGGGCUGAGGUUGCUAAUGCGGAGAAGAGGGCACGGGCUGCAGCUGCUGCUGGGACUCAAGGGUCUGCAGCUGUGGGGUAUGGUGGGAACUAUGGCAAUCCUGAUCCCAGUUAUGGUGGAAAUCCGUAUCCAGCUGCCUAUGGCAUGAAUCCUGUUCCUGGAGGUGCAGAUGUUGGUCCUCAGUAUGGGACAGGAUCUGGCCAUGGCUCUUGGGGUGCUUAUGACAUGCAACGAGCUCAUGGACGUAGUAGAUGAAGGAGUGGCCAUGCCAUACAAGAUGUUGAUCCCCUUCUCACUUGCAUAGACAUAGUGCCUUUGAGUGCAAAUUUGUAGCCACUUAGUUUACAAUGUGAGGUGUUGUUAAUCAGGAAUGCAUUGUGGUGGGCAGGUUUUCAAUAUGAAUAUUCCUGGGUAUUGAAUAUCUUGGCUUUUAUUUUGUGACAAUGAUUAUCAUUCUGCCAAAACUUUGCUAAUGUAUAAUUGCAUUUUUACAUGAAGGCUUAUGUUUAUGAACUCA